AUGGAAUCGUUUGUGGCAAUCAGCAGUAAAAAGUACAUGGUCAUGCAGAAGUCUUUCCUUGUGUUGGCAGUGCACAUGUUGUUUGCCUGCUAUGUACCAAUGGUGACAUCACUUCCAUUCGUAUUACGAACGUAUGUGGCAGCCACAAGGAUAGUCGGGGAUGUGGUCUUUGAGGUGGGAGACAACGGAACGUUUGGUGUGAAUUUCACUGUAAUCGAAGCCGUGGCUCAUGCUCGUCAGAUGCGGCUGAUGUCUUGGUGUGCAUUGGUGGUUGUCUUCAGCGACAACCCGACCUUCCUGUCUGUUUUCGCGGAGAUGGCUGAUGAAGGUCGGCUGAUGGUGUGGGAAACACGACUCUUAGUAAUCACCAGGCUUGCUUUGUCGAACCUUGAAAACCUGAUGCAGAAUUACUGGACCUUCUCCAUGAUGAACACAAUGUUCAUGAAAAUAAAGGAAACAACUGGGGUAAAUCAUUGCCAAUUAUACGUGCACAUGCCAUACAGUCCCGCAGGACCACAGGUGGUGCAAUCAGCAAGUUUGAAGUCUGGCCACACUUUGGUCAGUAUUAAAGAAAGGACACUUUUCCCUGAAAAGUUCAACAAUUUUUAUGGUAUGAAGAUAAACCUAACGUGGAUUCCUACGAGGCCAUACUGGCAGCCGGUGAAGCAGCCAGGACCAAACGGCACUGAAGUAAUAUCGUUUACAGGGAGAGAAUAUCGCCUCAUGCAGAACUUUGCACCGAUUUUCAACUUUACGUUGAAUCCUCUCCCUUGGGAGGGGUGGCCACCGGUGAUGAAGCGUUUGAGGACUCGUGAAGCAUUCCUUUGGCCUGCUAACCUGCCAAUAUUGCCACACAUGCUGAAGGUGUAUGAUUUCAGUUUUUUUCUGGAGCGAUCCACUUUGGCCUUCACGAUGGCUAAGCCAUCCACCAAACCAAGCUGGGAGAGCCUUUAUCGUCCUCUCCAUAUCGAGGUGUGGGGCCUCAUUCUGCCUACUGUUAUUGUGGUGUUUAUUGUCCUCAUGGUGAUGAAUCAGACUGGAAAAGAGAAGGGACCUGGUGCAUGGCUAGUAAUGAAGCAGGUACUUGGAACCCUGCUGGACGAAGCCAUCCCCGGAGAGCUGCCACUACGAAGUACCACGAGAGUGGUGCUGACGGCCUGGCUCCUUUUCUCCUUCAUAGUGGGAACAGUUUAUCGUAGUAAUCUCACCGCAUGCCUCACCAUUCCAAAGUACCCUCCCCGCAUCGAGACACUCUCUGGACUUGUUGAAGCAGGAACUAAAAUUCUGGUGGUGGAAAAUAUGGAUAUGUUUUACGACAACUUCAGGCAGUCAACAUCGGAAGUGCUGAGAACUAUUGCUGCAAGAAUGGAGAUUGUACCGAAUGAGGUCAUUGGAAUAUCACGAUGUCUUACUGAAAAUUCAGCCUACCUUUAUGAACGGCUGUUUAUGGAAGUGAAAGUCGAUGAACAUUUUACUGAUCUUGAUGAGACAACACCCUUCUACGUCACGCAAGACAGCUUCCUGGCAGAUUUCUCUGCAUUUUUAAUGAUCAGAGAUGCUCCUUUCAAACCAAAUUUUGACUACGUCUUAAUCACUUUUCAUGGUGGUGGAAUCAUACAAAAGCUACACUCUGACGCUGUGGCUUUAAUUCGGAAGCAAAAUAGGGAGAAACGGAGAAGAGAAAAAAGUACUGUUAUUAAGAAACCAAAGGAAAAAAUCAAAGCUCUCACCAUGGUACAUAUGCAAGGGCCAUUCGUCCUAUACCUGGCAUGCGCCAUCGUCUCUCUGGUUUCGUUCGGCAUUGAAGUAUCUUAUGACGUUUAUCUUCGCCGUCCACAAAAACAUUAAUAUGACUCUCUACCUCCGGUGCGACCUUCCAACAGGCUCCCACUGACCACAUGCUAUUGGUUCAAUGUUUUCGUCAACAUCCAUAUAAAGUAACAUGAAUACUCCAUGAACGCUUUGUAUACCUGUCAACACAGAUUUCGAUUAUUCAAAUGUAAUA